GUGCUGUCUAUAUUUGCUUUCGCCACCACUACCAGUCAUGAGACCUCUACAGCUUUCACUGUCAAUUGCAAUGGAACAGCUAAGAAUGUGCAUUAUUCAUAUGGCUACCCUUAUGAUUUGGAGGACAUCUGCAUUCCCACCCCCAUCUGCAGCCCUAAUAAAACGGACAAUUUCUGCCUGCUGGCGGGAGCCAAGUCAUCUGCUGAGUUCUACGUUUUUGUAGGUGUGAUUGUGUUCCUGUACUGCAUUGGAGCUUUGGUUCUCUACAUCGUAUUCGAUGACAGCUACAGGAAGAACAACAGACUAAUCGUUGCAGACUUUGCGAUCUCAAUUGUUCUGGCCUUGCUGUGGAUCAUCUCCUCCUCUGCAUGGGCUGCAGGUGUGUCCGAUGUCAAGAUGUACACAGAUCCAGCAGAUGGGGGUAUCUAUGGCAGUGACAGCAAAGUGCCUGAUUGCAGGACAGCAAAAGAUUGUACUACCAAUAGUCUAGGCAACUUUGCCAGCCUCAAUGUUUCUGUGAUCUUUGGCUUUCUCAACUUCUUGGUUUGGGUGGGCAACUUGUGGUUCCUCUACAAGGAGACGCCCUGGUUCAAGGUCCAGGCCAAGCCACCCACACAGCCAGGUAUUGUUUCUGAUACUGAUCCACAGAGAGUUUAG